AUGUGCAGACAAAGGAUGGAACAGAAAAACGGAAGUUCUCUCACUGGGUUUCUCCUACUAGGUUUCUCUAACAGGCCUGGACUGGAGCUGGUCCUCUUUGUGGUUCUUUUGAUCUUCUAUAUCUUCACUUUGCUGGGAAACACAACCAUCAUCGCAUUGUCCCACCUGGACCCACAUCUUCACACUCCUAUGUACUUUUUCCUCUCCAACCUCAGCUUUCUGGACCUGUGUUACACUACCAGCAUUGUUCCCCAGCUCCUGGUUAACCUCAGUGGAGCAGACAAAUCUAUCUCCUUUGGUGGUUGUGUAGUUCAGCUGUUCAUCUCUCUAGGAUUGGGAUGCACUGAAUGUAUUCUCUUAGGAGUUAUGGCAUUUGACCGUUAUGUGGCUGUUUGCAGGCCCCUUUACUACACAGUAAUCAUUCAUCCUCGUCUCUGUCUCCUGAUGGCUUCUGCUUCAUGGAUGUUUGGUGUUGCCAACUCCUUAUUGCACACAGUGGUCAUCUUCCUUUUACCCUUUUGUGGGAGAAAGAAGUUAGACCACUUCUUUUGCGAGAUUCCUGCAUUGCUCAAGCUUGCCUGUACUGACAUCACUAUGAUUCAGUCUGAGAUCUUUUUUGUCAGUGCCUUGGAUCUUCUUUUACCGGUUGCAUUUAUCAUGUUCUCCUAUGGUCGGAUUAUCAGGGCCAUCUUAAGGAUAAAGUCAGCAGCAGGGCAGAGAAAAGCAUUUGGGACAUGUGGAUCCCACCUCACAGUGGUCACCCUGUUCUAUGGCACAGCCAUCUAUGCUUAUCUCCAGCCCAGCAACAACUACUCUCAGGAUCAGGGCAAGUUCAUAGCUCUUUUCUACACCAUUGUUACUCCCAUGAUCAACCCCCUCAUCUAUACACUGAGGAACAAGGAUGUGAAGGGAGCAAUGAGGAAGGUGCUUUGGAAGGACUAUGACUCCAGAUGA